AUGGCCGCUCAGGUAUCGUUCAUGGAAGGCACCCUCAGCCUAAUCCACAUCCCCCUCGACCUCUACCCGACCCUCCUCCAACCCAUCCUCCAAGUCCUCCUCCCACCCAGCCAACUCCCACUCACCCCGGACAACCUCACCAUCACCACCCAACACCAUGGCGGCCAAACCCACAGCACCUUCCUCAACAUCAGCAUCACACCCAUCGAGUGCUCGAUAGUCUGCCACUCCGCCUGGGCCGAAUCCAUCUUUGCGCCCGCCAUCCGCCGGCUGUCGUCCCAGCAAGCCAACAGUGUGGCCAUCUCGGGGGAUACGUAUAUUGCGCUGAGCGUGUAUGGGACGGGGAUGGAUGCGGGGUCGAGGGUGGUGGAGUUGACGUCGCCUUUGGCGUUGGCGGGGAUUCCGAUUUUUUUUACUACGACUUAUUACUCGGAUUUCAUCCUGGUCCCGACCAAAGAUCGACAAGCGGUCGUCAAGACGCUUCUAGCGCGCAACUUUGUCUUUUCCAACGAUGACCAGUCCCAGUUAGUCUCCGCCAACCCGUCACCAACUUCAUCGGCCACCGCCCACCGCCACGGCGGCUUCGGUUUCGGCGGCGUUAGCUCCGGGUCGGUCUACCCAACUUCCCACAGCCGUGUCCCAAGCCAGCCAACCACUCUGACCACCAACGACCUCUCCACAUCCCCUACAUCUCCCCCGCCCGCGGGGCUAUCAUCGGCAGUGAAGGAAGCAGCCGCAGCAGACGACGUAGACGCCCUGCACCAACGCACCUUCGAUCUCCUCCGCAAACGCCACGUCACGCCGUACAUCGAGCCCGGCCUGACACUCGUGCAAUGCAGCGGUCUCCGCAGCAGCGGCGUUAUCUCCCUGCGCAACCCGCCCACUCCAGGGGGGACCACCUCCCACACAGAUACCGCUACCGGCAUAACAACCAGCGGGGAGACGCCAAUCUCCUCCCGCCGCGGCUCAGCCCGCCCAGUCCCCUCCAAACCAGCCUGGGUCAACACAAUCGACACAAAACUCUACACGAGCACCAUCACCGCGCUGGUUUCGCAGCCACGCUUCCUUAGUCUAACGCUUGCCCCCGAUGACCCGCCUUCUUUACUUCUCGACCGGGCGCUGGUGCCCCUUUUCGGUGACGCGCUGGUGGGGCCUGUGGAUGACGACGAGGCGGCGCUGGUGCCGAUUUUCUUGGAUUUGGCGGACCUGCCGUUUGAGGCGACCGGGAUAGUGUCGGGUGUGGCCGGGCGGUUGGUGCGGCAGAUGGGGGGUCCUGGAAGUAGAGCGGGACGGGGGCCGGGGGAGGAGGCGGAGUUGUCGUAUUUGUCGACGGCGAGGGCGGGGGCGGUGAUGUUGGGGAGGGAUUUGGUCGAGGGGGCGUUGGGGGUGUUGAGGCCGUUGUUGGAGGGGGAGGAGUAG